UUAUAAAAUUAGCAUUAUGUCGCAAAUGAGCCACUUAAAAUCUACGACUGGUUUCGAUGAUGGUAAAUCGGAUAGAUCGGACAAGUCGGAUGAAAACUUUGUAUUUGAUUCAUCGGAAGACGAAGAAAUUACGAUGAUUUUUGGUUUCAAGGAGGAUGAGGCACGUCAGAGAUUGAUCAGUUUUCCAAAAUCAACCCGUAUGGUCAUCAGUCCAGACUUGCAGGCUGAGAUUGGAAUGGAAGUUGGCCAAACGAUUAGCGCAGAACAUCCCUGGAAGCAAAUUAAAAAAGAAGUUCUUGAAGAUCAUAUGCCGGACAAGUCUAAAGAACAACAACUGCUAAAAGAAAAACUGAAGGAUAUGGAUUCAGGAAAGUUAAUUUUAAUGGGUUAUUCGCCACAACUCUCAUCAGAAGAUGACAUUUUUGUAAUCUUCAUCGAUGACCGUGAAACAAAAGAAGCUAGUGAAUUAAUUAAGCGCAUUGAAAUGCUCGAAAGACACAAAGCUCGCGGAAUUAUGAAAAAACGUCCGAAAAAAUGGAAGGAUAUGGGAAGUCAUGAGAUGGUUCAAUGUUUUAUCCCUGUCAAACGAAAUAACGUAGUCAAUCUAGAAACACAAAGUAUAUUUCCGGUUAAAAGAUGCAGCUAUAACUUCACCCAUCGCUACGUCAACGACGCUCGUGACGGAUAUGUCGAAUUGUUACCAGGUAAAAAGUGUUUCGAGAGCGUUCAACGCAAGCAAGUGGAUUUCUCUAUACAAACCGGUCCCCGUAAAAUUGACCGGCUUCAACAAACAGACCCAACGUUUCCAACAAACGCUUGGUCUCAGUAUCUCUAUGAAAUCCCCGAAGAGGAAAGAGAGGCGGAAAACAACACCUUGAUUGCUGUAGACGACAGUAAACAGUUGCCGGAAGCGAACAGUUAUGUCCAAGAGUUAUUUGAUACACUUGAGUUCAAUCAAAUCGAUAUGUAUAGAAACGAUUAUCCUUUCAUUUCGAAGAAGAAAGUUCAUAAAUACCAAACACCAGUAUUGCAAGAAUAUUUCUGUUUCGCUAAUCGUUCGAAGUGCGCCAAUCGAUAUGUAUCAGCCCUUGAUUGGCAUCCUAAGAUAUCGGGCAUUUUUGUAGCAGCUUAUAAUUUUGAAACUGUUGCAACUAUUGUAGGUUUAGAAAACAGAAAUAUUGAACCGGUUGAUCCUAUCAAUAGAAUUGUUUUUGAAAAAUGCCCUGUAUUAAUGUGGGGCUUUGAUGACACACUUACUCAAAAAUUAGAGUUAAGAUCAAACCGUGAGGUAUGUUCGAUUUCCUUUUGUCCCUAUGAUGGUGAUUUACUGCUGGGAGGCCUUACUAAUGGGCAAUUGAUAAUUUGGGAUUUGAAAGGCCAAUUAGACCGUGUCGAAAAGAUUGAUGAUGUAUCACCAAAGCAGCUAGCAUAUCGUAAGGAAAUCAGGAAGCUAAUGGGAUGGACAACUUAUGAAAACGUCGAUCGCACUGUAGAACCGGUAGCUAUCAGUGCUCUUGAUAAAUCACCUCGAAGACAAAUAACUGUGAUUAAAUGGUUACCACGAAAUUACUAUUGCGCCACCACAGGACAAAUUCGUUCUCAUGCCGAGAAGUUGCAUCGUUUCAUAUUAACGGCAUCGAUAGACGGUUCCAUUUGUUUCUGGGAUCUGGAUUUUACCGUUCCAUCUGUAAAGAAAGUUGCACAGACAUCUAAAACAGUUACAGAUAGCGAUGUUUCACCUUAUCAAUGUUUGGAUAACGUAUUUUAUCCGAUAUUUCGGCUAAAAUGUGACACUCCGAUCACGUCAUUGUCUAUCGAUGAAGCACUAUAUAAACUUAUUCCGAUGCCGCCUGACCACAGAACAAGUGACAUUGUUACCAGAGUUGUGCACCAAACCGAACCAACAGCUAUUGAAUAUAACAUGAAAAUGGUGAUUGGUAGUCUAAUGGGUGAAAUCAUUCAUGGCAGCUGGGAAGGACAUGAUUUUGAUCAAGGGGCGGCAACCAACGAAGAAAGCUUAAAGUCUAAUGGAAAAUAUGGGUCCAUCCACGAUGGGCCGAUCCUCUCUAUUGACCGAAAUCCGUUCUGCAAAGAUAUAUUCCUUAGCAUCGGUGGUCAUGUACUUGCACUAUGGAGUGAAAAUUGCAUCACCUCGGCUAUUUUUUGGAGGAAGAAAAAGGCGCGAGUGACUGCGGGAAGGUGGAGUUUGGAUCGACCUUCAGUAUUUUUCAUCAUAGAUAGUAAUGGUGAUUUGGAAAUUUGGGAUACAAUUGUGAGGAUCGAUGCACCAUGUUUAAGAUUAAGUCUUGGUGGACAUAUUUUGACAUAUCUAUCUCAACACAAAUUGUCAGCUUCAAAGAAAUACCUAGCUGUAGCGGAUUACAACAGUAACAUAAGAAUUUUUUCAAUACCAGCCAGCUUUUCGGAACCCAUUCCAAAUGAGAAUACGAAAUUCGAAAAAUUCAUUCAGCACGAACUUUCUCGUAAGGAAGCACAAGAAUCAUGGAUACAAUCCUAUUACGAAGCACACAAAGAAACUAUUGAAAUACAAACCAAAGCUAAACGCGAAGCAAAAGAACUGGCGGAACGUAUGGAAAUUGAAAACAAGGAACAUGCUGAGUUUCUGAAACGCCAAGCCGUCGAAGAAGCUAAGAAAAAGGCCAAGAUGGAUUCAGAAAAACGUAUCGAUCUUGCAAAACGAUCAGAGGCACAAUGGAGACAAAAAAAUUAUAAACGUCUGUUGCACAGUAUGAUGGCAAGAAGAAAUAUCAGCCCUGGGCAGUUGGCGAAGCAAAUGCGUCCAGAGAAAGAGAUUAGAAAAUACAAUGAAGAAAAACGCGCUGCUAUAAUUGAGGAUUUUGCACGAAUCGAAGAUGACUACAACGAGAUAAAGGCACAGCUUAUACCAACAGAUAAAGUUUCAGUUAGUAGAAGUGAGCAACUAAAGGGAUGCAUUUCACGAUACGAAAAAGAAAUAUUGGAUUAUCAACGCGUGGAAAACGAAGCUAAACAAAUUUUGCAAAAUUUUGAGCUCCCUACAACAGCAAGUUUUUCCGAUAUUUUAGCUCGAGGACGUCAGAGAAGAGAAAUCAUCAAUCACGAGUUAGGUGCCAACAUUGAACAUAUAGAAAGCUAUGCACGUAAAAAAAUGCAACGAGAAUUAGAAGUCAACGAUGCAAACGGUGAAACACAGAGCACAACAACUCUUGAUACGCUACAGCGGGCUCGCGUAGUUACUUUUAUUGAUGAUAUUCCAGAGGAAAUACGUAGGCGGAUGACUCAAGAUCAAGAACUUGGAUCGGCUCGCAAAAAUACGCCCGUCGAUGAAGAAUAACCAAUGGCGCGAAAAAACUAAAUAGAUCAUUUCAUUAAUGUUACAAGAUCCCAAAACUGAACUUACUAUAGGGGAGACCGGAAAAAUACGUUCUCCAACUGUUUCUUUCAAAGUAUUCAUUCAAAUUCCGAAUAAUUGUUUAUAAGUGC